AUGGCUGGACUCGUCGACAAGUUGACCGCCUCUGGAGGCACUGAAUCCGCAGGAUUCCUGAACGACAUCAUCGAGCAGCUAUGGCCCAACAUCAACGUUGCCGGCUGCAAGAUGGUGAAGGAAAUUGUGGAGCCCAUGUUCGCCUCCAUGCUCCCAGGUCCCCUAGCUUCUCUCAAAUUUGUCAAGCUCGACCUUGGCCCUGUUCCUAUGCAGGUGUCGGCAGUGGACGUUCACAAGGCCGACAAUGGUGGCAUCAAGCUGGAUAUGGAUGUUGUAUGGCAGGGCAAGAGUGACAUCGAACUAGAUGGCAAGAUGGUCCCCAAGCUGGGCAUCGAACACGUUUCUCUCAAAGGCAGACUGUCUAUCCUACUUGGUCCGCUGACAAACAUCAUCCCUUUGAUUGGAGCUGCACAGAUUGCUUUCAUCAACCCCCCUGAGCUUAAGCUCGACUUCACCAAUGCAGCAAACGUCGCAGACUGGGCACUGGUGGACAGGGCCGUCCGCAAGGUGAUCCUUGACAUCAUCGGCUCCAUGGCUGUGCUGCCCAACCGCUACCUGGUCAAGCUUGACAACAACAGUGACUACUUCCGGACCUACCUGCCGCACCUAGGCGCCCUGCGCCUGACCGUGGAGCGGGCCACCGGCAUCAGCGGUCCGAAGAAGAGCGGGGCCAAACGGCUGUUGGCCAAGAUUGUCAAGGACGUUCCGGACUGCUACUGCAAGGUCAAGCUCGGGGCCGAGGACGAGUGGCGGACCUCGGUCCGCAAGAAUGACAAGGACCCGGAUUGGAACGAGACGCACGACUUCCUUGUUGCCGACAUGGACCAGCGUAUCUUCAUCGAUGUCCAGGACGACGACAUCGGUGGCGAUGAUGACAUCGGUGUCGCCACCACCAGCGUCAAGGAUAUCCUGCUCGCGGCGGGGAGAUCCCAGGAGCUGGCCCUGACGCACAACGGCGAGCCCACCGACGGCAGGGUCACGGUGCGCGCCCGGUUCUACAACUUCGUUGAGGACGCAGGCGCCAUUGCAUCGACGCAGAGCGAGAGCGAGGGUCAAAUCGUGGGACUGGCUACAGUGCUGGUGGCGAGCGCGCUGGGCCUGCAGGGCCAACGGGACGAGCUGAACCCGAGCAUCAAAGUGACGUGGGGCGCCAAGGAGUACCGUACGGCGGCCAAGAGCUACAGCCCCGGGACCGACAUCUUCAACCCGUCCUUCGACCAAGCCUUCCGCAUCCCCGUUACCGCCGACCUGCUCGCGAAUCCCGGAAGCUUCAAGAUCACGCUGCUGAACGGGGCCGACGAGAGAGGCGCCGUCGAUGUGCCCUUCCAGGACGUCUUACAGUCCCCUGGUCUGCUCAAGGAGGAAGGCUUUGACGUGGGCUCCGGCGCGACGGUCAGGGCGAGCAUCUCCCUUCGAGGACUGCAGCUCGCUCAGUAA